AUGUCCCCAAUCUCACCCACCGAUGUGGCACCAGCUGUCUCGACCCUGGUUGCGACAGCAUCCGCGUUUCUACAAGUUUACACUACAUUAGACACAGAAGCUCUUUCCAGAAUCCUGAGUGACAACUAUGUACUCGAAUUCGCACCCACCUCAAUGAAUCUACCCGGUCCCCUUGACCGAGAUGCACAGCUUGCUCGCAUCAACUCCAUCAAGGACGUCAUGUCCAGCUUCCCCGUCAAGACUAAGCAUAUUUGGCCUAACCCAUCCUUGCGACAAGUCCUCGUGUGGGCACAUUCUGAAACGAGGUUCUUUGAUCACUUGAAACUCAGCGACAAAGAAGCAGAGUGGGAUCUGAAAGGAGAAUACAUGUUCCUGAUGACUAUGGAUGAGAGCGGGGAGAAGAUCGAGCAUGUGCUCGAGUUCUUGGAUAGUAAGGCCACGGGAAAUAUCGUACUCGCAGUUGGUAAGGCUAUGGAGAAGAAGAAGUCGCUUGAUGUCAAUUGA